UUUGCCCCGCCUUUUCCGGCAAAUGACGCAAGCCAGACACCCAAGAUGGCGGCGCCCAGGGCGCUGGCUGCAGCUCGCCGGGCGGCGGCGCGGGGGUGGCGCGGUGUGGGGGGGGGAGGCGGUGGUCCCGGGGAGCCGGGCGCGGUGCGGAGCCGCCUGUACGAGCACGUCCGCGAGGGCCGGAGCGCGCGGCCGCAGCUGGAGGUGUCGGCGCUGAGCGAGCGGGAGCUGGAGCGGCGGCAGGGCCCGCUGCGGGGCCGCGACCUGCGCGAGAUCGUACAGACGUGGACUCGGCUGCGGGACGUUCGCGCCGCCAUCGCCCGGCUGGAGGAUGAGAAGGGACAAGUGGCCCGAGGGGUGCGGGCCCUGAUGGCAGCCCAUGACAAGCAGACAGUGGAGGCGCUUCCUGCCUAUGGAGUGCUCCGGGCCCGUGGGCGCCAGAUCCGGCUGGAGCUGCAGGAGCUUCUGGCCCAGGAGGCCUCCCUGGAUGAGAGCUUCUACCUGAGAGCCCUACAGCUCCCCAACAACACCCACCCCGAGGUGCCCAUUGGGGACGAGAGUCAGGCCCGAGUGCUGGAGGUGGUGGGGGAGAAGCCAGUGUUUGACUUCAAGCCGAAGGGGCACUUGGAGCUGGGCGAGGGGCUGGACAUCAUCCGGCAGCGGCGCCUCUCGCACGUCUCUGGCCAUCGCUCCUAUUACCUGUGUGGGGCCGCGGCGCUGCUGGAGCACGCCCUGGUUCGCUUCGCCAUGGCCAAGCUGCUCAGCAAGGGCUUCCUCCCCAUGACAGUCCCGGACCUGCUGCGCGGCGCUGUCUUUGAGGGUUGUGGGAUGCAGCUGCACCUCAGCCCCUCACCCGUGUACAGUAUUGACCCUGCACGCUUUGAGGACCUGAGCCUGGCUGGGACAGCCGAGGUUGGCAUCGCUGGGUACUUCAUGGACCAUGCGGUGCGGCUGCAGGAUUUACCCAUUAGGGUUGUCUGCUCCAGCACUUGCUACCGCGCUGAGACAGACACGGGGCGGGAGCCGUGGGGGCUGUACCGGGUGCACCAGUUCACCAAGGUGGAGAUGUUUGGGGUGACAGCAGUCGAGAGUGGGGCUGAGAGUGGGGCGCUGCUGGCCGAGUUCCUGGCAAUGCAGAAGGAGAUCUUCUCUGAGCUGGGCCUCCAUUACCGCGUCCUGGACAUGCCCACGGAGGAGCUGGGGCUCCCUGCCUACCGCAAGUUCGACAUUGAGGCCUGGAUGCCAGGACGGGGCAAAUAUGGGGAGAUCUCCAGUGCUUCUAACUGCACCGAUUACCAGAGCCGGCGCCUCAACAUCAUGUACAGCGAUGGGGCCGGGCAGCUGCGCCAUGCACACACGGUGAAUGGCACAGCCUGCGCCGUGUCCCGCAUGCUCAUCGCCCUCUUGGAGUGCAACCAGCUACCGGACGGCCGUGUGCGAGUGCCCCCGGCCCUGCAGCCCCUGGUGGGGCUGGAUGUGAUCCCCCGGCCCCCAGCGCCACGCCUGCACUACAUUGGCCCCAACCAGCCUGGGGGGGGACCCUGAGGAGCCCCCAAAGUGUGGGGCAGACCCCUCAGUGGCCCCCAACAAUUGGGGGGGACACACC